AUGAACAGACAAACGUUUGGCGAAUACAGUACGCCAGAUGGCCCACCAGAGCUCAAGCGACAAAGAGAUCCCGACUCGGACUUGGAGGAAUCGGAGGACUCGGAACAAUUGGAACACUCGAAGGACGAUAUGUCACCGCAGCUUCAACCCGAGCUCCCUGAUGACCUAAACCGUCUUCUAGAUAAAGAGGACUACGAUUUCGGGAAUGCGAUCCAAAACUGGAUGGAAGAUCCUGAUCAUUGGAACUUCCGAAUGGACGGUCCUGUUUUUUGA